AUUUUUGGCUUCAGGAAUGUACUAUCGGUUCCUUAGUCACUUUUAUCGUGUCUCAAAACCAGCAAUUUCUAAACUAAUACCAGAAGUGUGUUGGGCAAUAUAUACGGCACUAAAAACACAUAUUAAGAUUCCAGAACGAGAGGAAGAAUGGAAAAUUAUUGAAGGCGGUUUCAAUACCAAGUGGAAUUUCCCUUCGUGUUAUGGAGCAAUCGAUGGGAAGCAUAUUAUAAUUAAAGCUCCUCCAAAUAGUGGAAGUGAAUUUUAUAAUUAUAAAAAAACCAAUAGUACAGUAUUGUUAGCACUUGUAGACCACGACUAUUGUUUUUCAUAUAUAGACGUUGGAGCGAAUGGAAACGCCUCUGAUGGAGGUGUUUUCAAAAAUUCCUCAUUAUAUCGUCGGUUGGAAGAUGGAUUGCUUCCUACAAAUGGAGUAAUAGUUGGUGAUGCAGCAUUUCCACUGAAGAAUUAUUUACUAAAACCCUAUCCAGGUACGCAGCUAAGUACUGCCGAGAAAGUCUUUAACUACAGGUUGUCGCGUGCAAGGCGCAUAAGUGAAAAUGCUUUUGGUAUACUGGUUUCUAGAUUCCGAGUGUUCGAAAAAGCAAUUCCAACCCAUGUGGACACAGUUGAUGCCAUUGUCUGUGCAGCCUGUGCCCUGCAUAAUUGGUUGCGAAAGCGUUCAAGUUCCUACAUAACAUCUACUUGUGUAGACAGAGAGGACAAUGAUGGACAAAUAAUAGAAGGAACAUGGAGAUCGGAAAUAAAUCCACUAUCAAGCAUUUCAGAACAACAAAGAGGCAACCAUUCCAUGACUGCUAAAGAAAAAAGAGACCUAUAUAGGAACUUCUUCAUGAGUGCUGGACGUGUGCCAUGGCAAUUGGAUAGAAUUCAUUAAUUUUGUAUAGGUACCUAGGAUGGAAAUAAAAUAAAUAAGUUACAAUAAAUA